AUGUGCUCGGCCGAUGGGCGAUCGGAAGCCGCAUGGGACAACGACGCGUACGCCUCGGUGCCUCCUAAGACGAUGUCGCGCAGCAGUUACGAUCGGCACCUGACGAUCUUCUCGCCAGAGGGUCGUCUGUACCAAGUCGAGUACGCCUUCAAGGCAAUCAAUGCCGCUGGUAUCACCGCGGUUGCGGUGCGUGGCCGCGACGCCGUCGUCGUUGCGACGCAAAAGAAGCUGCCCGACAAGCUGAUUGAUGCGUCGACCGUGACGCACAUCUUCUCCAUCACGCCCGAGAUCGGAUGUGUGGUGACGGGUCGCACGGCCGAUGCGCGUGCGCAGGUGCAGCGCGCGCGCUCCGAGGCCGCCGAGUUCAAGUACAAGUACGGAUACCCCAUCUCGCCCGACCUCUUGGCCAAGCGCCUGGCCAACAUCAACCAGGUAUACACGCAGAAGGCGGCGAUGCGCCCGCUUGGAAUCUCGAUGAUUCUCGUUGGUCUCGACGAGGAGCUGGGCGACGCUCCGCAGAUCUUCAAGCUCGACCCGGCCGGCCACUAUGUGGGGUACCGUGCCACGGCGUCGGGUACCAAGCAGACCGAGGCGAUCAACUUCCUCGAGAAGCAGUUUAAGCGCUCGAACGUGUCGAGCGCCUCGGUCACGGCCGCGGCCGCCACCGAGAGCGCCGCGACGUCGGCCGCUGGCCAGGCGGGCUCGGCAACCGACUCGGCGCUCGUCGAGGCGGAGGAGGUCGCGAGCCGCCUCAGCCGCGAGGACGUGCUGGACCUCGCUGUGAACACCCUCAACACGGUCCUCGCGCAGGAGCUCAAGCCGAGCGAGAUCGAAAUUGGCAUCGUCGGCGGGCCCAGCGUGGCCGCGGCCGAGGCCGACCCGAAAGAGUCGGCGCAGCAGCGGAGAUUCACGACGCUCGGCGAGGCCGACAUUGUGCAGAUUCUGGAGCGCCUGGCAGAGAGGGACUAG